AUGUCGGCACACGAAAAGGUGCCGCUGCUCGACCAGCAUCAACACGACGAUGUCGUCCUCACAUUUAGCGAGAAGGGCAUCGAUGCUACUGGUUUCGGCGCUCGGCAGUCUCAGGCACACGACUGUGUUGAACCUCAGCGCCGCAAGCGAAAGUUUGGCAUGUUGACUCUGCAACUGGUGUGCGCUCUGCUGAUCGGGUCCACGCUCCUGGGUCUGCAUUUCCGAGGUAGUCCUUCUGCUCCUCACACACUCAACGGACCAGGUCAUCAUGGUCAUGGUCACAGGCACAGUCAUCAGACGCAUCACCAACAAAAUUGGUGGUCCAAGCUCGUGUCAAAGAAGAAGCACUUGCAGCCUUGUGGACUUCGAUGGUCUACUAUUCCUCAUUCACAUGCCAGACCACCACCAACUCCUCCUCCGCCUGUUCCAGCUGUAUGCUACAACAUUCCUAACACCUCUUCAGCUUCUGUGAACUUCACCGUCGUCCUGCCUCACGAACACGGUCCUCAUGGUCCACCAUCGCCACCUGGCAGUCCUGCACCUCCGCCUCGCGAGCAAAAGCAUGAGCAGAAGACCAUCUCGCAGACCGAGAGGAAGGAAGCUUCCGCAUUUCCCGGUCCUCCGUUUCAGCAUCAUCCUCACCAUCCUCACGGUCCGCCGCCAGCCCUCUGGCUGCACCCCUCCUUAAGCGCUUCGGCAGUCAGCAUCCACCGAGAUUUACCAGCGCCCCAUGUGCCCAAAACAGAGCACAAGCCAACACUCAAUUCGACCAGACCUCACGGCCCUCCUCCCCCCGUCCGCGUCCUGGUCGAAAUCUCUCACGAUGAACAAGUGUCUCUAGACGAAGGAGUGCAGGAGACGCGUAAAGGUCCUCUGCAAGCUUGCACCCUCGUGGCGCCUUUCACAAACGCAGUCGGUGUAGCCAUCUUUGUGAGUAAAAGCAGGCUCGGCUGCACGUCAGACCGAUUGCCUGCCCUGUGAAAGCUGAUCGUCACCCCUAUUCAAUUCUCGUCAUUCACAAUUCCCGCAGCCUGCUGGCCCUCCUCCUUUGCCACCGUCAAAGGACGCAGAGACGCCUCCACAACACGUCAGACCUCUCUUCCCAUCCAUCAAGGUGGACCUGCACUUGCAGCCUCGCGUACCUUUUGCUCUUCUCCCUGGGCCUCCACCUCCUCACCCACCUCACUUUGGAGGCCGCCGUCAUUGA